AUGAAAACAUUUGCUGGGGCUUACGUUAACUUGCUGAAAACCAGCAUCGGGAGUGGUGUGUUGAGCUUUCCCUAUCUUUUUAAAACAUAUGGAAUCGUAGUAACUGUUUUCCUCACGCUUAUCACCGGGCUGUUUGCCACCACCGGUCUUGUUCUCUUGAUGAUAUGCUCCCAGGUAAUAGGUAGAACAGCUGACCUGAGCAAGCUUGCAGCACAGUGCUUUCCAUAUGCCAGAAUAUUCGUGGACCUGGCAGUGUUCCUCAAGUGUUUUGGUGUAUCUCUCUCUUACGUAAUCAUCACAAGACAACUACUUCCCCCGAUAUUAGAAAGCUUAUUUGAAAGAGCCCCUGAUGUAAAUCCCAGUUUAUUUGCAUCUCCGUCCAUCACUUUACUUAUUUUUCUAGGAUUUGUUGGCCCAUUCACAUACUUCUCCAAACUUGACAAAUUGAAAUACACAUCCUUCGUGGGUAUAUUUAGCAUUGUUCUGGUGAUUCUGGCUGCUGUUGCCAGAUACAUCCACACAGACACCACAGAUGUCAAGAUAGCAUUCUUUCUCCCAAUCACCAUCGACUGGCUUGCAGGAAUGGGAAAAUUCAUAUUCAGCUUUACCUGCCAUCAGAAUAUCUUUGCAGUAAAUGCUGAAAUAGAGGAUAACUCACUUCCUAAGAUGAAGAAGUUAAUAUGCACAGUGUCUAUGUCGUCAUUUACGCUCUACAUGACGUUUGGAUGGCAAACUACAUGCUUUACGGAUCUACGGUUUCUGAAAAUGUCUUAA